AUGUUAAUUCCACGAGCCGAGUAUAGACGCGGUGGGCGGUGCGCGCCCGUGGGCCCACUGUGUGGCGUCGGCAGGCGUGAAGGGCAGUGCGGCGGCGGGGGCGGGGCCGAGCAGUCUUCGCCGCUGACAGCGAGAGCGCUCUUAUCUGGGUCGCUUCGCCGGCAGCGCGCGGAGCGGGGGCGGGGCGGAGUCGCGGAGCGGAACGAGGAGGAGGAGGAGGCGGUGUACCUGUCAUGCGGCGCCGCGGCGCUUCCGUCGCCGCACCGCGUCGCGUCGCCCCGUUCUGUCACGCCCGCCCACCAGCCAACCCGCUCGCCCUUUGUCUGCGGGCCGCGCCUGAUAGCGGCGCCCGCUCCGCGCGUGCCCCCAGGUCCCGCUCGGCCCCGCCCUCUCCGCCCCGCCCCGUCCGCCUCGCCCGCCUCGCCCCGCCUCGCCCCGCCCGCCCGCCGCACCCGCCCCCCCCGCCCGUCGCUUCGUUCGCACAGGCAGCAGCAUUUGGAGUUAAGUCCCAGAAUAACAUGCAUCGAGUUGUUAAUAUGUCUUGGUCGUCUAGUAAUGCCUCGGCCGUUGGUAAUGCAGAAUAUGCAUUUGACUGCGUAUAUGGUGUACUCUAGUCGACAAGCAACAGUACUGAAAAGGACUUUCUUACUAAUUUUUCAUCCUGUCAGUCCCAUCAUCGGUCCCCUUGACAUGCGGCGCCCCGGGCGAUCGCCCGGUCAGCCCAUGCUAGCUGGUUGUUGUUGUGGCGAGGGUGUGCUAAGCGUGCGUGCGUGCGUGGUUGCGUUGCAGGGGGAGCGGCCAGGCAGCGUGUGGUCGCGAGGGCCGCGCAGCCUGUUCCUGCGCCGCUACGAGCAUGGCUUCGGCUUCACGCUACGCCACUUCAUCGUCUACCCGCCGGAGUCCUACACGGUGCUGCAGGGCGACCGGCGGCUGGGGCUGCGCCAUGGGCUGUCCCCGGACGACCCCAUGGACACCAUCUUCGUGAAGAGCGUGCGCGAGCACAGCCCUGCUUACGACGCCGGCCUCGCGACAGGCGACCGCAUCAUCGGCGUGAACGGGCGCAGCGUGUUCGGCCACUCGUACCAGCGCGUGGUGCAGUGGAUCCAGCAGAGCGGCGCCUUCCUGCAGCUGCUCGUCUACUUCGGCGAGACGGCGCACAAUCCGGAGACGAACCAGCGGCCGCGCCUGAGGUCCCCAGACGCCUUCGAACGCCGCGCCGCAAUGCUCCAACAGCAGCAACAGCAGCAACAGGCGGCGGCGGCAGCGGCUGCGGCGGCGGCGCGGCUGGCCCAGCCCGGCAGUCGCUCCUCGCUGCCCGGCCCCGCCCCCGGCGCCGCCCCCGACCCCGGCGCGUGGGGCGACCCGCGCGCCAUCGCCCCCGCCCACGCCCCGCAAGACCGCACCUGGCUGCGGCCACAGGCGCGGCGCAGCAGCGAAGGCCGCGACGGAGGCGUCUUCCUGUUCCCGGAGGCGAUGGCGGCGGCGCCGCAGCAGCCCCCGUCGUCGGAGCGCGCGCUGUGGGCCGGCGCGUCGGCGUUCCGGCCGCUGGGCGCGCAGCCCGGCCCCGCCCCCGCCCCCGCGCCCGCGGCCGACGCCCCAGCGCAGUCGGCGCCACCGCUCGCCGCCAGCUCACGCAGCCUCCAG